CUGAUUGGAGUCAUUCCCUGGUACAAACUAUGCAAAGAAUCCAGUGACCACUGUGGCCGCCAGUGGAACUACUGGCCAUCUCCCACCGAGGACGGCGGCGUUUCUUCUCUUCUGCAGCACCUGGUAACCAAGGAACAUGUACGGCAGCGCCAGAGCACUCGGUAACCUGGACGGCAGCCCUUCCCGGUCGCCUCGCUUGCCACGGUCCCCGCGGCUGGGCCACCGAAGAACAAGCAGUGGGGGAGGGGGGGGCACGGGCAAGACGCUGUCCAUGGAGAAUAUCCAGUCCCUGAAUGCAGCCUACGCCACAUCGGGACCCAUGUAUCUGAGCGACCACGAGGGCGUGGCUUCCACAACGUAUCCCAAGGGCACCAUGACUCUGGGGAGGGCCACGAACCGAGCUGUGUACGGAGGCCGCGUGACCGCCAUGGGGAGCAGUCCCAACAUUGCGUCUGCUGGACUGUCGCACACAGACGUCCUUUCCUACACAGACCAGCACGGGGGGCUGACCGCCGCCUCCCACCACCACCACCACCAGGCGCCGUCCAUGCUGCGGCAGGUCCGGGACAGCACCGUGCUGGAUUUCCACGCGCAGCUCCGGGAGCUUCAGCGGGAGAACGAGCUCCUUCGCAAAGAGCUGGACAUCAAGGACAGCAAGUUGGGCUCGUCCAUGAACAGCAUCAAGACCUUCUGGAGCCCCGAGCUCAAGAAGGAGCGGGUGCUGAGGAAGGAGGAGGCCGCCCGCAUGUCGGUCCUCAAGGAGCAGAUGAGAGUGUCCCAUGAGGAGAAUCAGCAUCUGCAGCUGACCAUCCAAGCCCUGCAGGAUGAGCUGCGGACGCAGCGAGACCUCAACCACCUCCUGCAGCAGGAGAGCGGCCACCGCGGGCCGGAGCACUUCACCAUCGAGCUCACCGAGGAGAACUUCAGGCGUCUGCAGGCCGAGCACGACCGGCAGGCCAAGGAGCUGUUCCUGCUGCGGAAGACGCUGGAGGAGAUGGAGCUGCGGAUCGAGACGCAGAAGCAGACGCUCAACGCCCGGGACGAGUCCAUCAAGAAGCUGCUGGAGAUGCUGCAGAGCCGGGGCUUGCCGUCCAAGAGCCUGGAGGAGGACACGGAGCAGACGCGGCGGGUGGCCGAGGCCGAGUCCCAGGUCAGCCACCUGGAGGUGAUUUUAGACCAGAAGGAGAAGGAGAACAUCCACCUGAGAGAGGAACUGCAUCGGAGGAGCCAACUGCAGCCGGAGCCCGCCAAGACCAAGGCUCUGCAGACGGUGAUCGAAAUGAAGGACACCAAAAUCGCGUCCUUGGAGAGAAACAUACGUGACCUGGAGGACGAGAUCCAGCUGUUAAAAGCUAACGGUGUGCUGAAUACUGAGGACCGGGAAGAAGAGAUCAAGCAAAUAGAAGUUUACAAGAGCCACUCCAAGUUCAUGAAAGCCAAGAUCGAUCAGCUGAAGCAGGAACUGUCAAAGAAGGAGUCCGAACUUCUUGCCUUACAAACAAAGCUUGAAACCCUUAGCAAUCAAAAUUCAGAUUGCAAGCAACACAUUGAAGUGCUUAAAGAGUCACUUACUGCCAAAGAACAGAGAGCCGCCAUCCUUCAGACGGAGGUGGAUGCCUUGAGACUGCGUUUGGAAGAGAAAGAAUCUUUUCUCAAUAAGAAAACAAAGCAGCUGCAAGACCUCACGGAAGAGAAAGGGACCCUGGCCGGAGAGAUCCGCGACAUGAAGGACAUGCUGGAAGUCAAGGAAAGAAAGAUCAACGUGCUUCAGAAGAAGAUUGAAAACUUGCAAGAACAACUUAGGGAUAAAGACAAGCAACUGACCAAUCUGAAGGACAGAGUGAAGUCCCUGCAGACAGAUUCCAGUAAUACCGACACUGCACUGGCGACCCUAGAAGAGGCCUUGUCAGAAAAGGAGAGAAUCAUCGAGCGUUUGAAAGAACAGCGGGAGAGAGACGAUCGGGAAAGACUAGAAGAGAUCGAGUCCUUCCGGAAAGAGAACAAAGACCUGAAAGAGAAGGCCAAUGCUUUACAAGCUGAGCUGACUGAGAAAGAGUCUAGCCUGAUCGACCUCAAGGAGCACGCGUCCUCCUUAGCCUCGGCAGGGCUGAAGAGGGACUCCAAAUUAAAAUCUCUAGAAAUCGCCAUCGAACAAAAGAAGGAGGAAUGCAGCAAACUGGAGGCGCAGUUGAAAAAGCAAGCUGAGCAGUUGUUCAAUCAGAUGUACAACCCAGCUCAUAACACUGAAGAUGACUCCAGGAUGAACCCCGAGUUUGCCGACAGGAUCAAGCAGCUUGAUAAGGAGGCGUCCUACUACCGAGAUGAGUGUGGCAAAGCCCAGGCGGAAGUUGACCGGCUGCUGGACAUCCUCAAGGAGGUGGAGAACGAGAAGCAUGACAAGGACAAGAAGAUCGCGGAACUGGAAAGCUUGACCCUCAGGCACAUGAAGGAUCAGAAUAAGAAGGUGGCCAACCUGCGGCACCACCAGCAGCUGGAGAAGAAGAGGAACGCCCAGUUACUGGAGGAAGCGCGCAGGCGAGAGGACAGCCUGGCCGACGACUCGCAGCACUUGCAGAUAGAGGAGCUGAUGAACACCCUGGAGAAGACCAGGCAAGAAUUAGAUGCCACCAAAGCGCGCCUUGCCUCCACACAGCAGUCCCUGGCGGAGAAAGAGGCCCAUCUGGCGAAUCUCCGCGUGGAGCGGAGGAAGCAGCUGGAGGAGAUCCUGGAGAUGAAACAGGAAGCCUUGCUAGCAGCCAUCAGCGAAAAAGAUGCGAACAUUGCCCUCUUGGAAUUGUCUGCGUCCAAGAAGAAGAAGACCCAGGAGGAAGUCAUGGCCCUCAAGCGGGAAAAGGACCGACUGGUGCACCAGCUGAAGCAGCAGACCCAGAACCGGAUGAAGCUGAUGACGGACAGCUAUGAUGAGGACCACCACCACCACCACCACCACCACCACCACCACCACCACCGAUCUCCCGGGAGGUCGCAGCACUCCAACCACAGGCCCUCUCCGGACCAGGAUGACGAGGAGGGCAUAUGGGCAUAGCGGGGCCUGCAAACCAAAGUUCCAGUUUUGUUUUGAGGAUGACCCAUCUCUGUCGGAGGCACGGAGGCACAGCCAGCUCUCACACUGUACAUUGAUCACCUGUCCAACCUUUGCCUAGAGCGGGAGCCCCCAGGUCCUUCAAGAGAGCCACCUUUACCUGUCUGUAAAGAAGAGGAGGAGGAGGAGGGAGACAGCGGGCACAUCGCUGGUGCACCCGAGCAGGUUCCAUGCGUACUUGCACCCUGUUGGAGCGUCAGAAGGGCUGACUGAGGAGCGCGCACAAUCUUCCGAUCAUCGAUCACAGGCCGGCUCCCAUCACUGCCCCCACCCAGCACCCGGAGCGUGUCCGCAGGUCCGCCCUCACUUGGCAGCUCCGGCAUCGUCCUCAUUGCUGGCGCCUCUCACGGAGUCUGUCCAACAUGCCGGGCAGGAAGGACACAGUGCUGGAGAAUCAGGACAGAUGCUGCCCUUUCCGUCGGCCUGUGGGCAUCUUCCCUCCAAGUGUGGUCAGGGGCCGCCGUUCUGUCUGAGUACCCACAUACCGUUGGAUAGGUUGAGCCCCAUGGAAUAUAAACUGCAGGCUCAGCUUCUGUGGGACAGCAGCGUCCUCGCCAGGGACUGUGCUGGGCUGGUCAGUGGGGGUCAUUAUCCCUAAAGCACUGGCCUCUAAGACAGUACCGGUUUGCUGUGUGUGGGUAGCGCGGGCGGUCCAGGGCACCAAUGUGCAGGGCGUGCUGGACUAGAAAGGAAAACAACAGAGACUGAGCCUAUACCCUCCUCUGUUUCUUUAACUUGCUGUUCCAAGAACCGCGUUUUGAUGGUGUAAUCGGUGGUUCCCUCUGGGCCAGGUUGGAAGUGAAAUCAAUUUUUUAAACCACUACUACUUGCCAAGAAAUCGCCUUAUAAGAACAUGGUGUGUGUCUCUGACAAUACAUGGCGCAUCUCAGUGGGUCAUCCAUAAAUUUUAUCUCCCCUGACCAUGUACUGAGGAGUGGCAAAAGCCCGAGGCCCGUCCGCCGACACCGCUACGGCCGGACUGGCCGCCUCAGGCUCUUUCCAUUCCCAUCGGUGCAGGUCUCCGUGAGGAAGCUGGGACUCAUUCACAUUUCAAGGUCCAAGUGCUGUGCAAACAGUGCAGCUGAGGUCUUUCUGUAAACAAACGGUACUUUCUCUUGUUCUUUUUCUAAAAAAAUAAUACAUGUCUGCAACAUGGAUUCCAAAGCAUUGUCAGCAUCCAACAUGCAAUCAUUGAUGAAUGAGGAGCAAUCACAAAAGCUGUGUGUCUGUAUGGGCCUCUGCGCACCAUCUGGGUGCAGAGGCCUUUAAGCUCACGCCAGGGACAGAGACUGCCAUUCUGAGCUCUUUAGCAUGCAGUGAUGCGGCCCUGGGGAGGAGCCAACUCCUGCUGUUUCCUCUGAAAAUUCACAACAACAACAACAAGUUGUUGUAACUUCAUGAAACUCACGAAGUGUGGCCGAUGUGUGCAGCUCUCAAAUCGAUCCAUUUUCUUGUCAGUGGAAGAAACCCUUCCACGCGUACGCAAGUGGGAAGUAAAAAAAUCUGCAUUUCUAAAGGACAAACAGUGAAUUUAAGCAUGAGUGGCCUUAAUCAAUCUAGUUUGUCUUUCUUUGCUGCUGUGAGAAGGAUUCUAAACAGAUAACCCUAAAGUCUUUGGCAGUUGGAUUUAGUCAUUGUUAUUACUUAAAAAAAAAAAACAACUGAAAAUGUUGGUGCAAUUAACUCUGGACCUCUCUCAUGAGCCAUAGAGAUGUUCCCGGGACAGACGCCUUGCUGCCGGAGGAAGAAGACAUCGUGUCUGACCUGCACUGUCCCUUCUUGGCGGGUGGGGAGUCCUGUAUUCAAGGAGGUCCCUUGCUUCUAGCUUUGUUCUUGUCGUCAGCGAGUAUAGAAAGCCGUGUCAAAGCUUAUGUCGCGUCAACAGUCCCAACGCAUUCACGUCGAAAAUGUUGUCCUUCAGCUGUCAAUGGGGCGGAGGCUUUGGCUGGGGAAGCAGGCAGCGGCGUUCUUCACAAAUGUAUUUUCCACCUUUCUCUCAACACAACGCUGCGUGGAGAACCCAGUCCCACAGGCACCCCCAUGCAGCGUCCAGGGUGUGCCAGCAGGCGGGCCUCCCUGUCUCCCCAAGCCAGGGCUUGACCUGAACUUGGCAGCUGAAUACUUGAAGGAGGAAAUCCAAAAGGGAACACAGAUAGCCCCUCCACACAGAAAAGAAGAAAAAAAAAAAGCAAGCAAGCAACACACAACAGAAGCCCACGAAUAGGGAGCUAUUUCUACAUAUGUGCCAAUUUUGUCACAGGUCUUGCUUUAGGGAUUAUUUUUUGGACCCCGCUUAGGUUCGUUCAAAGUAUUGCUAAUCUGACUUUCAUGAGGUCAUAUUGUUUAGGCCCCAGUAAAUCAAGCUUCCGUCUCUUACAUAGCAUCUUUCCCCCAUGCUGUGUCAUAUUCUCCAGUGUUUGGGGGUUACCGCAAAAUAAAAAUUAAGAACCCUUUUCAUAUGUUCAGAAUCGUCUCUGGGUUUACAACAAACACUGUGAUGAACCGCGAGCAGGUCCCCCUCGUGAGGAAGUUAAGAAUCAAUCAGUGCAAACCGGGGAGACUGACGCCCGUGGGAGGCGUCAGUCUGCUUUGAGCAGAAGCAGGCUCUUGUGUACACCCCGUUUAAUCUCGAUGGACAGUCUCAAUUUUGUACCUAACGAUUUCUGUGUAUCCGGUAUGCCCAUUCGCCGCAAGCAACUUUGAAAGUGGGUCUCCAUUUACUUUGUCAACCGUGUGUAUGACGAGACCUCCCGGGCUGACCCAAGCUCUCGCUGCGAUGUUUCCGUGUAGAGUGGCGUUUGAAUGCUGCCAGGGGUCGUGUAUCUAGUUCCCCCCAGACCCUCGUUUGAUAGUGCUUCUUGUAGUAUUUCUUCAAGUGAGUGGCAUGUGGGUUGUGAUAUUGACCAUGUGAUUAUGGACAUUGAUAUGAAAAUAAAUAAAUACAUACAUAACAAACCUAAGGAACUCUUUGGAAACUCCCAGUGGGCAUGUAUUCUCCCGUCACCGUAGCCUGUGUCCAGUAGAAUACAAGGUACACGACAUGUAUGGUUCAUACACGUGUUACCGUGUGUGUGAGAAGUUCUUUGUGCUGACUGCCUUAUUUAUAUCCAUCAAAUAAACUUUGUUCCUUUCUGAA